AUGACAACAAAAAUGACGACAAGGACUCUUGAUUUGGAGAAGUCAUUAAGAAGAAAAGGAGGGAAGUUAAAAACAAUUUACGAAAAGCAUAGUGAUGCCGAAGUUAAGAUGUUAAUAGACGAAAAAAUAAAUUACAUUUGGAAUUACAUUACUCAUAUUGAUGACAUAGUAAGUGAUGAAGAAUUUCUCAAAAUUGACAUUAAACAAAAAAUAGAAAAAAAGCAGAGCUUAAAAAGAGUAAAUUAUAUGGAUGAAAUUAUUUAUUAUAAUAAAAAUAUGAACAACCUUAUUAACAUACAGAAAAUACGGAAAACGUUACAUCAUUUUAACAUUCAUGUUAAUAUGGACGACAUUGUAUACAUGUUUCUUUACUAUACAAAUAAUGAAUAUUUUAAAAAUAACAUAAAAAAUGAAAUUUAUUUUAAUGAUUACAUUGAUAAACGGAAGGAAAAAUAUAAAUUUCAUUCUAUAAAUGUUAAUAAUUUAUACAUAAAUUAUGAUAUGUUCAGGCAUAUAUUUUUUAAUAUUGAUCUGAAUAUUGAAAAUAACGGGAAAAUUUGGUAA